AUGCCGAUCACUGUCGUCUCCGCCCUCCCAGCGCAUAUCUCUCCCGAGGAGCACCGAAUCGCGAGCGCGUCCACGCCCGCAUCCUUCGCCGACAUCCCGCCCGUCCUCCGCCACAAACAGUCCGAUGUUUCCGUUACUCUCGAUCCGCCCCUCGAUGGAUUCUCAACCGAGAAUGGCACGCGAGGGGACCUCUAUGUGAUUGAGAGCGCACUUUUCUUCAUGUCUGCUUCGGGGACUGGCAUUCAGGUCGACUACCCGACCAUCACACUCCAUGCCAUCUCGCGCGCCGAGAACGGGCCCUCAAUAUAUUGCCAGCUCGACGAACCGACAUCUGCUGAAGAAGCGGAGGAAGAUGAAGACACGUCCUCCAUGCGCGAACUUGUGAUCAUCCCAAAAGAUCCCUCGGCCCUGGAGCCAAUCUUCGAAAGCCUGUCGCUCUGCGCGUCGCUACACCCCGAUCCGAACGAGGGAGACGAGAUGGACGACGACGACGACGCGUUCGUCGACCCGGGCUUGUUCGAGACGUUCGACGGGGACGGCGAUCAGGAACUCAGCGAGGUUGGCAAAGUGCGCAGCGAUUUCGUCAAUGACUCUCGCUUCAACCCCUACUAG